AUGAGAGGUCAUGAGAACGCUAUACGAGGUUACAAGGACGCUAUGACAGGCCACGAAAACGCUAUGAGAGGCCAAGACGAGGAGGCCAUGCGAGCCGCCCACCAGACCACAGUCGCCCACCAGACCACAGCCGCCUACCAGACCACAGCCACCCACCAGAUCACAGCCACCCACCAGAUCACAGCCGCCCACCAGAUCACAGCCACUCACCAGAUCACAGCCGCCCACCAGACCACAGCCACUCACCAGAUCACAGCCGCCCAUCAGAUAACAGCCGCCCACCAGACCAGCCACCACCAGAUCACAGCCGCCCACCAGACCACAGCCAGCCAGCCACCCACCAGACCACAGCCACCCACCAGAUCACAGCAGAUCACCCACCAGAUCACAGCCACUCACCAGAUCACAGCCGCCCACCAGACCACAAUCACAGCCACUCACCAGAUCACAGCCCACCAGAUCACACAGCCACCACCAGACCACAGCACCAGACACAGCCAGAUCACAGCCACCCACCAGAUCCAGCCACCACAGAUCACAGCCACCCACCAGACCACACAGCCACCCACCAGAUCACAGCCACCCACCAGAUCACAGCCCUCACCAGAUCACAGCCGCCCACCAGAUCACAGCCCCACCAGACCACAGCCGCCCACCAGACCACAGCCGCCUACCAGACCACAGCCACCCACCAGAUCACAGCCACCCACCAGAUCACAGCCGCCCACCAGAUCACAGCCACUCACCAGAUCACAGCCGCCCACCAGACCACAGCCACUCACCAGAUCACAGCCGCCCAUCAGAUAA